GCAACCUUCUCUCUUCCAGUGCACGCUGUUUUGCACGUGAAGUUUGCGAGGAGAGUGUCUGGUGGUGUGUGCGUGCGAAUAGUGAAGGGUUGUUGCAAUAACAUAAAUUGACAAGUGCAGCAAGCCACACCGGAGGGGAAAUAAUGCGAAUUCUCUAGAUCGAUACGAACCGUGAAGGGGUAGUGUGGGGAUUAAUGAAAUUUUAACCGUGCUCUGUGUGUACUUCAAAAUUAUCAGUUGACCUUCGUCGAAGUUGAAAGUACAAAAAGUAAAUGAGUCGAAAACAAUCGAAAUUGAAAUUGAACCUCGGACAUCCGGAAGUUGCGUUUUUUGCCGAAUUGAGUGCAGUGUUCGGGCAAUUGCAAAGUUGAUUUACCCGUGCGAUUAACCUAAUUCUGCUCAAUCAUCAUCCCGGUGGCAGUUCCUUCAACACUUGGCCAGCGAUCGAACGCGUUGAGAUACGGCCCACCCCUAAACAUUUAAUCGAUUGGCCCAAAAAAGGUGGGUAGUGUGAGACGCGACUUAUCAGAGACGACUCCGCUGUACUGCUGCUACCUUAGCGCUUAGUGGGUAAAUAGGUGUGCUGAAUAGUGGACAAGGGAAGCAGCAUCAUUGCCGCGCCUUAUGCUGAGCACGUACCGCGUGUCUACCGGCUGCAAAGGUUUGAGGCGGCAACGAGACAUCUUCCGCAUCAGCAAACCAGCACUCGAAGACAAGAUGCGAUCGUACAGUUCUUUGUUCACCGUGCUAACGGUAGUUCUGGUGGUGUGGCUGCAAGUCACCUCCGCCUACCGGUUGGGCGUUGGAAGGGCUGACUGUACUGGACCGCCGGUGGAGAUUGGAUUUAUGGGCUACGGUGAGUUUUCACAGCGCGGUCAGGGCAUUCAUCUGCGACAGUACGCGCGUGCAUUCAUCUUUGCGGAUGACGGACCGCAGGCGGAAGAAGAAAGGGUUGUGUUUGUGAGUGCGGAUGCCGGCAUGAUGGGGCACGCGGUUAAGCGUGACGUGCUGAACCUGCUAAGGGCACGGUACGGCGAUACGUAUCGAUUCGAAAACGUGGUGCUGAGCGGUUCGCACAGUCACAGCGUACCGUCCGGCUUCCUGAUGUCCUACCUGUACGAUAUCGCAUCGCUCGGCUUUGUGCCGCAGAACUUUGACGCGCUGGUCGAAGGCAUUACGCUGGCGAUUGUACGUGCCCAUGAGAGUAUGCGCGACGGACGCGUAUUCCUGUCGGAGACUACCAUCAACGAGGCGAACAUUAACCGUAGUCCAAGCGCGUACGAGAAUAAUCCACAGUGGGAGCGGGAUCAGUAUCGAGAUUACACCGACAAGAAGUUGGUCCAGCUGCGGUUGGUAGAUGCGGCCGGCCAUCUGUUCGGGUCCAUCAAUUGGUUUGCCGUUCAUCCGACGUCGAUGAACAAAACGAACCGAUACGUGUCGAGUGAUAACGUUGGCUAUGCGUCGGUGCUGCUGGAGCUGGAUCGAAAUGGAGUUCGUAUUCCGGGCCAGGGCGAGUUUGUGGGUGCGUUCGCUUCGACUAACCUGGGCGACGCGUCACCCAACAUUAUGGGACCAAAGUGCGAAAAGACUGGGCUGCCGUGUGAUAUGUUGACUUCGUCGUGUCCGGCAGGAGCUGGUGCUUGCAUUGCGUCCGGCCCUGGAAAGGAUAUGUUCGAGAGCACGAAAAUCAUCGGCACAAGACUUUACGAUGCAGCGAUAAAACUACUUCGAGCGAAUGGAGGCCGCGAGGUGAAGGGACCGAUCAAAUUUGCCCACCAAUUUAUUGAUAUGACCGAGAUGAAGGUACCGUACGUUAAUGCUAGCACUGGCAAGUCCGAAACCGUCCACGGAUGCUACCCUGCCAUGGGAUACAGCUUCGGCGCAGGAACAACCGAUGGCCCAGGAGCGUUCGAUUUCCGACAAGCCACUCUGACCGAUUCCUCCUUCUGGAACACGGCUCGGGACAUUCUGGCAGAACCAACGCCGGAAGACAAAAAAUGUCAAGCACCGAAACCCAUCCUGAUUGCCAGUGGACGGGCAAAGUUUUCGUACGAAGUGCAGCCGAAAAUUGUCCCUACACAGCUUCUACUCGUGGGUGACUUUGCCAUUGCAGCUGUUCCGGCGGAGUUUACGACCAUGUCCGGCAGGAGACUACGGGCGGCCGUUGCCCAGACGUCACUAGAUGCGGCCAACAAGGAGAUUACGGUGGUUGUGGCAGGCCUUUCCAACAUGUACACCAGCUACGUGGCAACACCGGAAGAGUACGCUAUCCAACGGUAUGAAGGAGCGUCCACCCUUUACGGACCUCACACGCUAACCAUCUACCUGGAACAGUUCCGUAAGCUAAUGCGCUCGAUUGCUGUGGGUGAAAAGCUCGCACCCGGUCCAAUGCCACCGUUUGAGGACGACAAGCAGAUCACCCUGUCGACGGGUGUCGUAUUCGAUGGACAUCCGUUCGGAUGGUACUUUGGCGAUUGUAAGGUACAGCCCAAAGAAAGGCCCUACCAUCGGGGGGAUAUUGUGCGGGCGAUGUUUAUAGCCGGCAAUCCACGCAACAAUCUGAUGCACGAACGGUCGUACUUUACGGUGGAACGGUUGAGGCCGGAAUACGAGGAAUCAAACAGUGUGGACCAGCAGCAAAACAAUCGUGACGAGUGGGAAGUCAUUGCAACGGAUGCGAACUGGGAAACGAAGUUUAAGUGGUACCGACGUUCGACACUGUUCGCGUACAGUGAUAUCGAGCUGGAGUGGGAAAUUUCGGACCAGGUCGAGCCGGGUACGUACCGGAUACAGCACUUUGGUUACUGGCGAUACAUUCUAGGAGGCAUUUACCCAUACAAUGGCACUAGUAGGAAUUUUACCGUGGAAUGAGCGGUUCUGUGACGGACAUUUUAACGAGAUUUCGAAAGUGCCAAAAACCGAGAUGGAAGCGGAACUGAUUCUUCCGGAACUGAUUGCACAGAUAAAAGGUGCAGUAAGCUCAAACAAGGUAGUAUUAAUUAAAAAGUAUCUAGAACAUUAGUUUAUGGGUUUUUGGGGGUAUAGAUUACGAAUGUGGACGAUGUAUGCUAAUCGCACAGCCACAGCCAAUUAUGGUCCACACAAACUAUGAUAUUCAUACCAAAAAAAAACAGGCUAGAUUUCGUACUACGCCAUUCUUUAAAAAAGAAACCUGCGUCAUCAGUGUAACCUGCUAAUUUACGCAUUCAGAACAUAGAACUACGUGAUCACCCGAAGCAUGGGUGUGGGUAGCUAUACUUUAACUAGCAUAAUAAUGUCAUGAAACGUGCUGUGUGUACUAUAAUGAAUAAAGAUUAAAUAUGCUGCAAA